AUGUCACGACUCAAACCAAGCCCACACGAGGCAACAAUAUCCCAGCUCAAGUACCUCAUUGGCUGGAUAUGCAUACACCCAAGCGAAUACUACGAAGCGGUCAAGAUGUUCGACGAAAUCCAUGAUUCAACGCGUCUUAUCCGUGGCCGGGACGACAACAAUAGCUAUGUCAUCGGACGCAUUGGCGAUCAUCUCGUGGUCAUGAAUUGCCCCGCUUCAGGCAUCUACGGCCAGUCCCGCGCGGCGAAUAUCGCAUCUGACAUGCGAAGCACGUUCCCGGGCAUCCGGUUUAUGCUUCUUGUUGGGACCGGCGGCGGUGCCCCCUCCAAUAAACAUGAUAUUCGCUUGGGAGACGUGGUCUAUGGAACCCAAGUGAUCCCAUAUCAAAAGCGAAAAGUGACGGUUGACGGUGAUGAGAUAAUCAGUCGGAUCGCCACGCCCCCGGCCAUUCUUCAGAGUGCAAUGACCCGAUUGGAAUCCAAGUUGCGACAGGGGCUAGCGCUACACGAAACCAUCGAGAACAUUGGAUCGCCUUCUCUGUCUCGACCAACGCAAGAUAGACUCUACUCGGCUGGUUACACCCACUGCGCAAGCCAUUGUGAUUGCUUGAGCGCUAAGGUCCAAGCCCUGGGCUCCAUCUGCCCCCGCGAGUCUCGCAACAGAGAGGACUCAGUCAAAGUGCACCAGGGCGGGGUUGGCUCGGCGGAAAGUGCUAUGAAAGACGCCUGUCGCCGCGAUGAAUAUGCCGGGUUGCUCGGGAUUCUCUGCUAUGAGACGGAAGCACACGCCAUCAUGGAGACCGUCUCCUGCCUCACGGUGUGCGGGAUCUCCGAGUACUGUGACGGUCACGCGUACGAUGGCUGGCAUGCCUACGCGUCACUGGCCGCCGCCGUGUGCACUAAGGAACUUUUGUGUACGAUCACAGACGUUGCCUCGCGCUGUCCUUUGGAGGUGACUCCAGGGGAGCUCGAACGGUGGUUACAAGGCACGCGGGAGGAGGUGUACCGCUCAAUCCGCCAGGCCACUGACUCACAUGACGAGUACCAGAUCAUUGAUCGCAAUAUCGAGAUUAUCAUCGAACGAUACGGCCUGGUGCAUGAGGUUGUUAGCUCAAAGCUUUAUCUUUUGAGAAGCCAAGUGGAUCCAGAGAAUGCCCGGCAACUCAGUGACUCCGUAGCGGCGAUGAAAAGACUGCAGAAAGACUUACAGAAUUGCGUCAACGCCCUGCGCGACCGGGUCGACCAGCAAGUUGAGCGGCAUCCUAAAGGCUCGGAGAUGUACGAGAGCUGGAAGCUCCUGAGAAACAGAAUUGAUGGCUGGAUGCGCUGGG